AUGUCGCUACAAGUCAACGAUCCACGGUCGCGCUCCAGAUCCCCAGGCCGAACACACGAGCGAUCCCGUUCUCGUUCUCGUUCUGUCUCCCGUGCCCCGGAUACACUGGACGUAGCACCUUCUUCAUCCCAUCAACGUUCUCGCUCCCCCGCUGUCGUGGAGCUAGGCCGAAACGGAAAUGGAAAUGGAAGCGGAAACGGGGUCUCGAAUUCGAGUUCCAGUCGCAAAAAAUACGACUCAGAUGAUGAAGCCGAGAUCGAGCGUCAGUAUAUGGCUAUGAAGGAGUCUAGAGCUCGAGAGCGAGAGAGGGGUCGUGAAGCCGAGGAUCGCGAUGCAAGGAAUGCGAAUGCGAAUGCGAAUGUGAAUUCUACACGUGCACCUUCGGCACGGUAUGAUUUACCCCGCGAUCGGGACCGCGAUCGCUAUGAGCAUUCAGACGACGAGAAAGAUCUUCGGCCUAUACAGCCUCCAAGACCAUCGUAUACGCAGUCGCAGGCACCACCACCCCAACCACCACGUCCACCUCCUUCACCCUCAGCAAGAAAUGGAUUCGGAAUUGGUCGUGGCCGUCGAGACUCUUCGAGCUCCGAGAGCUCUGUCGAUGACGAUUUAGCCUACGGCGAUACCCUAGGUUCUCAUCCUAGUUAUGCGCGACCGGGUAGAUUCCAAUAUGCAGCGCCGGGACAGAUGAUGUCGCGCGAACCACCGCGCCCAUCUAGACAGACGGAUUGGGCUUCUGUACCGGAGUGUGAGAGGCCGGGCUUUGUGCCGCCCAUAAACACAAACACAAACUCACAGGGAGAUGUGAUGCCUGGCGCGUUUCCGGGGAGUGGGCCUGUACCUGGUGCAUUUCCCGCGCCGGCUUCGACAUAUGCUGAGGUACCUGGGACUGCUGCGCCGAGUUUUCCGCCCGUGCAGUAUUCGAAUUUGAAUUCUGCGCAGGCCCAGUCGCCGGCACAGGGGCAUGCAAGGACUCUUUCUGGACAAGCGGGAUAUGCUCAACCUAUGACUUAUCAGUAUGCCCAGGUUGAUCCGAAUGUGCGGUAUACUUCUAAGACGACGCCGAAGCCAUCGUAUACUGCUUCGCCUGAGGCGCAGUUUUCGAAGUUGGCGAGUGAUCCUUAUGCUCAUUCUCGAUCAUCGAGCCAGAGCCAGGGCCAGAUUCAAGGCCACAGUCAGAGUCAAGGCCAUUAUCCCAAACAGCCCGAGCAACCUAUUUAUCCAUACAAGUAUAGUCAUGAACCUCAAUUCGGUGAUAAAGCACUUCCUCCGCCGUCGCCCAGGGCGCAGGCGCAGUCUCGACCUCAGGAGCAGAAAUUUGUGGAGAUCACACCUGGUGGUGGACGUCGUCCACACAGUCACAGUCUGUCCGUGUCAACGAAUAAUCUUGCCGUUGCCGGUGCGCCUGUUGUAGGCCAGCAUCCACCUGCUAGCCCCCUUCUCGAGGCAUACCACGGUACAUACCAGUCUAUGUCACCUAUGCCCUCACCGAUUGUGAUUCCCUCCGUUCGCGACGACGACAUCUCCGAUCUCGAACCAUUAGAUGGCGACUCUGGCUCCGACUCACGCCGCCGCAAGAAACACACACGCACAAAGUCCUCUACAAGCGAGAAGGACCGCGAACGUGAACGUGACCGUGACCGUGACCGUGAACGCGAAAGCCGUCACAGAACCAGCAAAGAAUUACUCAUGAUAGAGCGAGACCCAGACCGCGACCGCAAAGACGAAAAACGCCGCAGCAGUUCCAAAAUCCGCCACUCAACCUCAAACCGCGACUCCAAUUCCUCCCUAACCCACCGCGAUGACAGCUCCCUCGUCCUAAUCUCCCCAACAACAGGUCGAAAACGCGUCUCCUUCUACGAAGCAGACGCAGACGCAGAAUCAAUGCAAAGCGCUCUAAACCACACCAGAAACAUAGACAACAAAACAAUCAUCCAAGUCCUACCCCGACUAACAAGUGACGAAAUCCUCCUCCUCCGCCAAGAGUACAAAAACCGCGUAAAAGUCCACGGAAAAGGGAUAAACCUCGCGAAGCAUCUCCGUCUCAAACUUGGAGCUUCCUCUUUUGGAAAAGUAGCCUAUGCCACUGCGCUGGGCCGCUGGGAAUCAGAAGCAUAUUGGGCAAAUUGCUACUACCAAGCUGGGACAUCGAGACGAGAACUUCUCAUUGAGUCGCUUAUUGGGAGGUCAAAUGGUGCUAUAAGGGAAAUUAAAAAUUCUUUCCGUGAUACGCGGUACGAGAAUAGUUUGGAGAAGUGUAUGCGGUCUGAGUUGAAGGCGGAUAAGUUCCGGGUUGCUGUUUUGCUUGCUCUUGAGGAGAGACGGAUGGAUGAGAGGGAACCGCUUAAUCAUCGGCUUGUCCGUCAGGAUAUAUCGGAUUUACAUCGCGCGCUUGUUUCGAGGGAUGGUGGGGAGACGGCUAUGAUUCAUAUUAUUGUUUUGAGGAGUGAUACGCAUUUGAGGGAGGUUUUGCGUGCUUAUGAGGGUAUUUAUGGGCAUAAUUUUGCGAAGGCUAUGAUUGCUAAGUCGCGGAAUCUGGUUGGCGAAACACUGGCACACAUCCUCAACGGCGCAAUCAACAGACCCAUGCGUGAUGCUCUCCUUCUUCACCAAGCACUUCGCGAAUCGAAAUCAGGACGCGAACGCUCUGAACUUCUCAUUUCACGUCUUGUCCGAUUACAUUGGGAACCGAGACAUCUCGAACAAGUGAAGAUUGAUUAUCGGAGACGAUAUGGGGAACGCAUUGAGGAGGCUAUUGCGGAGGAGGUGCUUACUUCCAGUAAUGGGGGCGAGUGGGGGGAGUUUUGUAUUGAGCUUGUGCAUAGCUCUGCUGCUUGA